ACAGGCAGCUUUUGAGGCUCUUAUCAGCAGCCACCACAUUGUACGAGCACAUCCUCUUGUCCAGCAGGAGCGGAAAACUCUCCCCACAGCCCCUUCCCUCCCACUCCGCACUCUCUCCAGCCUCGCGUUUGCCAGAGCCGAGCCGAACGACUGGCACUCCUGUAAAGCCUGGUGCCGUUCUGGCCGGCAGAGUGGCACAAGGCAGACAGGAAAGUAAAAACAGAGAGUUAGAGGAAGAGAGGUGAAGAUGACAUGUGAAGCGAAGGGAUGGUACGGCUGUUACUCCGCGAGUCUGGUCAAACGGGCAACUUCACAACCCCAAAAGCUCCGGCGUUUGAGUCGUGGUGUCACUCAGUCUCGCAGUAAAACACAUUUGAGAGCGUCGUUCGCGGCGGGGGACUGUGGCUCGCCCGUGACCUCAGAGAGCGUCAGAUGGGACAAGCUGCAGAGGAGAGGGGACGACCCGAGGACAACGGCGAACGCCACGAGUGAAAACAAGACCUGAGACCUGAUACAAACUACACUGGAUACCACCACGAUGAAAUACUUUGAUGAACAUCUUUGGAAUUUUGGGGAAUUUUUGAGGAAUUAUUGCCCAGAUUCAGACGUAUAACCAGUACUGGAGGAUAACAGGCUCUGGACUCCAUUAAAAAAAAAAAUCCAUUUGGAAAAAAUAACUCAACAAAAACAUGGGAUCCGUCCUGUCCACUGUUCAUGGAAGACGAUAAUGUGUUGACAGUAUGAUUUGAUCCCGUUUAGACCAGUGGGUGAAGUUCAUUUUGAAAUCAGGUGGGCGUGAUCGUGUAUUUUACUGAAUAACACAGACACUGCGGGCGUCAUGGUAGCUCUGGUGGUUUUCAGCGACUGGCAAAGGCGUAACACACACUGACCCUGCGUAUGUGACGAAACAUGAUGGAGAAACAACAUCUUGCAUCUCCCCCAGACCUGCCCUGCCCCUCGCCAACACCAGGGGGGCGUAGUCCAUCCCCCAACGACACGCCAACUCAGCCAGACCCCGUCAGCCCCCAUCAACCUGCGGACGGCACGCCACGUCAAGAUAAAGUGUCUACCGACAGGCACGCGGACGCCGUCAUGGAGGCUAAAGACGAGGAGAAGCCGGGGUCAGGGACGAACUCUCGAGACACUCCUAACGGGACGCGAUCCUCUCCGCCGCCCCUGCUCCCCGCUCCGAUGAAAACGUCCCCACUGCGGCCGGAGCUGCCUUCAUCAUCCUCGUCUCCUCUUCCUCCUCACAUCCCAGUGAUCAGCCUGGGACACAGUAAGCCGCCUCUUCCUCUGACGACUCUGCACCCGAUCCCCAACCUGCUCCCAGGCCUGCACCCGGACCCUCGGCGAGCACAGGGGCCCGGGGUCAGUAUGGGGGGUCCGGGUGUGUCGUCCGGGGCUUUGAUGCCGCAGCAGUACACACCUGUGCACAGCUUCUUCACCAGCACUUACUUUGGGCCCUCAGGAGGAAGCUUUGGGGUCAUCGCCAGCAGCCGGAGGAGAAGGCCAUCCUCACACUACGAGGUCGAAAUAAGUGAAUCAGGCCCGCCACAGAAGCUAGCCCGCCGUGUCUUCACCAACAGCCGGGAACGUUGGAGGCAGCAAAAUGUCAACGGGGCCUUUUCCGAGCUGCGAAAACUCAUCCCGACUCAUCCUCCUGACAAGAAGCUCAGCAAGAACGAGAUCCUGCGACUGGCCGUCAAAUACAUCCACUUCCUGGUCGCUCUGCUCAACGACCAGGCUCAGGACGGGGGCGAGGGGGGGCGAGAGGUCGAGGGGGGCGGGGCGGAGGACGGGACAGUGGUACUAGGACGGGACUCUAACAAAACGAGCAGUCCGUCCACUCCUCACUCGGCCUCUCUGCCCUCGGACCCGCCCGCCUUAACCGCGGCUCACAGGGACUCCACGGACUCGGUCCUCGGGCUGGCCAACUCCCCGACGUCCUCCAGUUGCUACGGAGACACGGACAGCGAGGAAAGCUUCGGGGGUAAAAGCUCUUUAGUGAACCAUAGCGUUUUGACAAAGGUUAAAGGUCAGAUUAGACUGGUGCCGUCUGCGAAUGAUGAGCGAUGACAGGACACGGGAUGGACGGAACCGGAACCUUAAUGACAAACGCCACUGGGGUUUAAAACAGUGCAAUAAUUUAAGCAUGUGAUACAAAUAUUUGAUAGUAAUUUGUAACUUUUAGGAGUAGCACAGCAUGAUGGGAAAAUCAGCUGUACUCAAACCUCUGACGGGGUUCAUGUUUCCGAUUUUGUGAAUGAUACAAAGUAAGAAAGUGAGUUUUGGCUUUGUGGUGGAUACUAUUUUAUUAACGUUGGAAUGCAUGUGUGACAUUAUCAACCGAGAGAAAUCUGUAUGUGGCUUUUCAAACUCUCUCAAACCUGCACCAGAAAUAAAAUGUUCGAGUUUGCUGUUC